CAAAAUAGUUUUGUUGGAACCGUCCGUCGGUGUCGUGUGUCGUUUAUGCUCACCGGUUCUCUCGGUCGAUUUUAAAGUGCUUGUGGUUCGGUGCAUUUUCUGCAUUCGUGAGAUAAUUUUUGUCGAGAAUUGAUAUGGAGUGCCUUUUUAUAACCGUUAUUGAAAAAAAGUUCGCAUGUGAAAACAUUUGCCGUUGGUGAAAAUAACGUUGGAGGUCGAGCGAUAUUGUUUUUCCACAUCGUAAAAACAACAUUUCAACCACAUUCUUCAGAGUCGCUAGAACCGGCGCGCAGCGCAACCCAUCGCUUGGCGCAUUUCACAUUCGCGCGUCAGACGAGGCUGUGAAGAUCACCAGGCAGCACAGCAUCCACAACGGCGGACAGGCGGUUAAGAAAUGUGAGCGUUUGCAAUUAGGCUUGCCACGGUGUUCGUCUUCUUCGUCGGAGGUGUGCUAGUGUUAAAGUGCCCUUGUGCUUGGGAAAAAAAAUGUUCGGUUAACUGCGUUUUCUUCGUUUCCGAUGAGGGUUUUUUUGUGAAACCGGAAGAAAUUAAUAAAUUUGUAGUGGUGGUCAAAGACAACUUGAAACCGAAAACUGUGAAGUCACUUUUUAAGUCGCAAAUAGUGUUGAUGAAAAUGAUGUGGGUGUAUUUGAUGGAGCCAAAGCGAGUUGAGAUGUCGUGAUAAACAAGUCCACGAAGACGACGACGAAAGAACCAAACUGGUUGAAGUUCUUCAGAUGUGCUCAUUAAUGGAGACGAAAGUACCUACUAUGAGUGAAGUUGGUAUAGUUAUAGUACCAACGAAAAGCCAACCUCAGCAGCGUUUCAAAUGCCGUUAUAGUGAAAAUGUAAUCCACUGGGAACUGGAACACGUUAAAUGCUGAAACAUAUACACUCUGGCCCCGUGUCUGGUCAAAAUCGGUCAGCACGGGGUUUAAACCGGGUGUCCCAACCGCUGAACGUUUCAACAGUGUCGAACACGUCAGUUACACCUUCGUCCACGAAGCACAUGAAUGGCGGGCCCCCGAGGAUUCUCUCGUCAUUCAUAACGCCACUACCCUCAGUGUCUUCGAAUAGCAACAACAACCACCACAACGCCACCAACAACAAUAACAACUCCACAACGAACAAUAACAUCCUGAGCAGUACUACUGUAAAUAUAAAUAAGGAUAGGCUAGGUGCGCGAGAAGCUUUAACGAGCUUAGGAUUACUAUGUUUAGUGUCACUUUUGUUAGCUUUAUUAUCGUUAAUAUUUUUGUUAAAAAUUUCCCCCGGAGGACGGGAGCCUCCACCGCCAACCGUUGGUUUGGCCGUCGAGGGCUACGACAUUAUUUACGAUGUCACGCUGGCGCUCUCUGUUAUAUCCCUCUCACUAAACCUUUGUUGCUUGCUGGUGUGUGCCAUCCAGUUUUUAUUUGCUGUUAAAUUAGUACGUGCACCUGCAACUACCGGCGGAAGAGGAAACAAAUAUCUGCAAAAAUCAAGUGUCAGUCGAGUGUGUGCAGUUGGUGGAUUUUUCAUUUCUAUUCCAAUUUUUCUUACAGGAAUAAUUCUGUACACCUUCACGCAGUUUCAUUCGACGCCAGCCAUUGUGACGAGUAUAUUGAUUGGCGUAGGUAUCGUGUUCUGUGGAGGAGCGAUGGUGCACAACGUGUUCGUGUGGCAACGCGAAAAGACAAUCAGCGUGCGUCAAUCCCCGUUGAACUUGAAUUUGACACUUUCACCGCAGAUUAGUACGAUUUCGCAUCCAACGCAAUAUCUUCACCAAAAUGGGCAUGCAAACCAUUCGGUCCUGAACCACAGCCAUGCGCAUAACCAUAAUCACACGCCGGUGACCCAGCUGACUCCGGUAACGCCGCUUUCCGGAAACCAUUCCCAUAUCAGUUUCAACCACUCGUAUCUGCCAUCGUAUGGAGGUAUUCGUGCUGCAACGGCGACGCCACCGACGCCCAAAGUGAAUGCACUGCUCGGAAGGGAUGCCAGUGGAUCUGUUAGCCCCGGAAUGCCGGUUAAUCUUAACGCGACCGUACUCGAUAUUAGCAACGUGACUGCUACUAACUCGCCCCAUGAGUUGUCCACGCUCGUGUGAGACUGAUGUUUUAUUUUUGUCUUUUAGGGAUUUUAUUUAAAUAUAUGCAAAUAUGAACACGAAUGAACAAAUUAAUAGUUAGAAUUUGUCAGAUAGCAACGAAUAUCGAGUAAAAUUGCAGAAAAAAACCAUUGCA